UUUUCCUCUUCAAAAUCAAAAAUCAAACCGCUCAACAAUCCCUGUGAAGAAAAAACCCUACGGAAUUCAUCCCCAAAACCCUCGCAAAAUCUCAAACAAAACCCUUUCCCCAACGGAAGACAUGGAGGAAAUUGAAGCAGAAUUUGAAGGUCGACGAGGCCCAGUAGAAGCGUCCAUGAGCAUGGACCGCCGGUCGUCCUCCCCUUCAUACGAUGCCGUUGACGACGGCUCCUCUCCCUCCGCUGCUGAAAGUUUAAUGGUGGGUUUUGUGAUUGUCAAUGUGGUUGGGCUUCGGCAUUACUCUGGUACUAUUAGUGGCCGGGAAUUGGUCGGUUUGGUUCGCGAUGAGUUAAACCCAUAUGACGGAAACGCCAUCAAAGUUCUCAAUAUGAGGUCUGUCCAGGUGGGCUACCUCGAUCGCUCUGCUGCCGCCGUGUUGUCCCCUCUGAUUGAUGGUCGUUUGAUCACCAUUGAAGGUAUUGUGCCAAAACCGCCAGGUAAGGGAAACAGAUUCAAGAUUCCCUGUCAAGUUCACAUUUUUGCAAGGAUAGAGGAUUUUGAGAGAGUCAAAUUGGCGAUUGAGAUAGGUGGGUUGCAGUUAAUUUCAGAAAACAAUGCGUCAUUUACGUUAUCAGAAGCAAUGGUAGUGAGAGAGAAAAAAGCUAUUUUAGCAGAGAAGAGUGUGGAUGAGAUAUUCAAACUGUUGGACUUGAAAGUCAGUAAUGAAGGGAAGUCUGAAGCAUUGGAUCCACCAAAAGACAUGAUAAAAUCAGAGCUUUUUUUUCAUCAGAAGGAAGGAUUGGGAUGGUUGGUUAGUAGGGAGAAUUCAUGCGAAUUGCCUCCUUUCUGGACAGAGAAAGAUGGGGUCUAUGUGAAUGCGUUAACUAAUUACCAGACUGAUAUAAGACCCGAGCCUUUACGAGGUGGCAUUUUCGCAGAUGACAUGGGCUUGGGUAAAACUCUUACACUGCUCUCCUUGAUUGCUUUUGACAAAUGGGCUUGUGCUGUACACUCAUCUAGCAGUAUAGAUGUUCAAGAUGAUGCAGAAUUGGGUGAAGAGGAAAGUAUUGCAUUGUCUGGUAAAAAGUCAAAGCGGAGAAGAGGGAACCGAAAGGUGGAUAGUUCAAGGAAAAAGAGAAAGACUGAGGUUGGUAGUUCUAACAGAAAGGGGAAAAGGCCUGCCGCUGAUGAAUCCUCUUCUUUGGACCCACAGACGACACUCAUUGUUUGUCCACCUUCUGUCUUUUCUGCGUGGAUAACGCAGUUAGAAGAACACACAAGAAAGGGCAGUUUUAAGGUGUACAUGUACUAUGGUGAACGGACUAAAGAUGCUGAAGAGCUUAAGAGGCAUGAUAUUGUGCUGACAACAUAUACUGUUCUAGCUAUUGAGGAAUCUUGGGACAAAUCUCCUAUUAAGAAGAUUGAGUGGAGAAGAGUUAUAUUGGAUGAGGCACAUGUGAUUAAGAAUGUGAAUACUCAACAGAGUCGUGCAGUUACUAAGCUGAACGCCAAACGUAGAUGGGCUGUUACAGGGACACCUGUGCAAAAUAACUCCUUUGAUUUGUUUUCUUU